CAUCGUCAUACAAUGUUUAUCCUCGCGGUGAUACCCUACAUUGUGGCAGCAGUUAAUGCAUACAGCGAUACCGGGACAGAUUUACUACCUAGAUUCGGAAGACCACUGAACAAUCUCACCGUCUCAGUUGGCAGGGAAGCCGUAUUUAAGUGCAUUGUGGAAAACCUCGGAAUGUACAAGGUGGCGUGGCUUCGCGUCGACACGCAGACCAUCUUAACGAUAGCAACUCACGUUAUCACGAAGAAUCACCGGAUUACUGUUGUACACACCGGCCACCGCAUGUGGUCCCUUCAUAUAAAAGACACGCGAGAGACAGAUCGUGGAUGGUACAUGUGUCAAGUCAAUACCGAUCCAAUGUCCAGCAAUACUGGUUUCCUGGAAGUUGUCGUUCCCCCCGACAUCUUGAAUUAUCCAACAAGCACCGACAUGGAAGUGAUGGAGGGUAGUAAUGUUACGCUACGAUGUGCGGCUACUGGAACUCCAAAACCAACUGUCACAUGGCGAAGGGAAACUAAUGAAAAGAUAGUUCUUCCUAAUUGGCAUAACGCAACUACUUUAGAAGGUCCAGAGUUGGCAUUGAUACGAGUGACACGUCACCAUAUGGGUCCUUAUCUCUGUAUUGCUUCCAAUGGAGUUCCACCAUCUGUAAGCAAACGGAUAGUUCUUAUUGUAAAUUUUUCACCAAUGAUAAGGAUUGAGAAGCAAUUAAUAGGAGCAUAUGAAGGUCAAACAUUGACUUUGGAGUGUCUCAGUGAAGCAUAUCCACGACCUGUGGUCUAUUGGACUCGACCAAAUAACGAAACCAUCGUAAAUGAUAACAAUUAUAAAGCAGAAGCCAUUACAAAUGGAUAUGAAACAAUAAUUUCGUUGUUAAUAAAAUCAGUGAGACCGCAAGAUUACGGGACCUUCAGAUGUAUUGCAACAAAUUUGCUGGGAGAAACGGAUGGAAGAAUUGAAUUAUACAAAAUACCAAAACCACCAUCAACGAGGAAACCAAACUCUCGUCGAGAUCCUAAGAAAUGGAACAUCAAUCGAAGUCAUGAAAGAAACAGUCCAGGGAUAAAAGAUGAAUUAAUGUUCAAAGAAGAGGACGACGACAAUGAAGAAAAUAUGAGUAAUUCAGAAUCGUCUACAUCAGCUUCUGGUUUUCGACGAUAUCGUUAUCUGAAUGCUCUCACUGUCGUCAUGCUUUCAACACUUUUACCAAAAUUUUCAACGUAAGUGUGAGCUAAUGCGCAGUACUAUUGUAACAGUAUCAUGAGUUUAAUUAAACUUUAACGCCUAUCGAGAAAAACAGACCGUCAGAUAAAUUUGAUUAAAAAGAAAAUCCAUCAAUGUCUUUUGUGGAGAAUCUUAUUGUCACAACUUAUCCAUUUUGUUCUUCUGUUGAAAUGCUUUGCUGAUAAAUUCGAAUUUAUUUGAA